AUGGCCAAUCUCCCCGAAAAUAAGGAAUCGCACAUUCAAGACCAAGACCGAGACUAUACUGGUCGGCCCUCUACCGACGAGGAAUCAAAUAUUGGCGAUGAAUCUGAUAACCUCUCCCGCGAACCUACCAAUGCCAGUGUCUUGACCCGCACGCUAUCGAUCGUACGCACGCGCGAGUCUGGGAAGGCGAUCGGUCCGCCCCCAGACGGUGGAUUUCAGGCCUGGUCACAGGUUGCGCUUGCGCACUUCGUCAUCUUCAAUACCUGGGGAUAUAUCAAUAGCUUCGGUGUCUUCCAAACUUAUUAUUCCCAGACGCUGGGACACCCGCCAUCGGAUAUCUCCUGGGUCGGGAGCAUCCAGAUCUUUCUGCUGUUCUUCAUCGGUACUUUCUCUGGCAGGGCCACCGAUGCAGGCUAUUUCAAAAUAACUCUGGCUUGCGGUGCCCUCUUGGAAUGUUUCAGUAUCUUCAUGACAUCGCUCUGUACCAAGUAUUGGCAGCUGUUCCUGGCGCAGGGUAUUGGUCAGGGCAUCGGAUGUGGGCUCAUGUUCUGCCCGACCUUGGCUCUGAUCUCGACUUAUUUCGCCAAGAAUCGUGGCAUUGCUAUCGGGAUAGCUGCAUCUGGUUCUGCGACAGGUGGUUUGGUCUUCCCAGCUGUGAUUAUGAAGAUGUUGCCCCAGGUUGGAUAUGGCUGGACCAUUCGGACGCUUGGCUUUAUCUCGCUCGCCACGUUAACCCCCUGUGUGCUGUUCCUCAAGCAACGUCUUCCUCCCCGCACGACUGGUCCCCUCGUUGAGUGGGCUGCCUUUACCGAACUGCCCUAUCUGCUGUUUGCCAUUGGUAUGUUCCUGAACUUCUGGGGCCUGUAUGUCGGCUUCUUCUACAUCGGCGCUUUCAGCCGCAACAUCAUCGGCGUCUCUAACGACCGAGCCAUUGAUCUACUCCUGGUCAUGAAUGGAGUUGGACUGGUCGGGCGAUUGGUCCCCAACUUACUCGCGGAUCAGUAUACCGGUCCUCUCAACCUCUUGAUCCCGUUCAGUUUUGCAACCGCCCUGGUUGGUUAUUGCUGGGCGGCUGUUGAUGGAAUGCCCGGCCUGUGGGCAUUCGCUGUAUUCUAUGGCCUCUUUGCUGCGGGUAUUCAAUCCCUGUUUCCGGCAACCCUCAGCACCCUCACCACCGAUCUGAAGAAGACUGGUGUCCGCAUGGGCAUGGUACUGAGUGUGGUGGCGGUGGCAGCUCUCAUUGGAUCUCCCAUUGCUGGAGCACUAGUGGUUCACGAUAAUGGCAAUUACUUGUAUGCGCAGAUGUUUAUGGGAUCGGCGAUUCUCGCUGGUGGAUUGACAUUGAUCGGGUCUCGUGUGACCAAGGUGGGCAUUGGUCUGGCACGAGUUUGA